ACUAAAUCUAGCAUUAGCUUUUCGUAUAUAAAUCAGAUCUAUUAGAUCUUCUAGAUGUUGAUUUUGAACAUUAGUACGAAAAAGUGUUACGUUGAUUUUUUCUUAAUAACCCUAAUAACAUCACUAGAAAAGACACUGCCCAAAACAAUAAAUUAGUUUUUCAACAAUGUCUUCUAAACACAGACAUGACACUUACUGGUUCAUUUCUGUUCCUGCCGAAGGAAAUAAAUCAGUUGUGUUUGAAAAUUUAAAGUCAAAAUUAUCUGCUCCAGGGCCCGAUUAUGCUGAAGUAUACCAAUUCAUAAUUCCAGAAUUUAAGAUUGGAACACUUGAUGCACUCGUUGUUAUUUCAGACGAACUUAUAAAAUAUGAUCAAUCCUUUGAAUCGACAGCUUUCAAGAUUGUUGAUAUUUUACGCACCCUUUUACAAGGCGAUUUAGACCAAGUUGCAGCUAAUUUGAUCGUUAACGAUAAAUCGGUCGAACAAUUUUUGAAGACCUUUCAAUGGGACACAAUGAAAUUUCGAGCUGAAAAAUCUCUUCAAGAAAUAGCCCAAAUCCUCAACAAGGAAGUGGCAUCAAUUGACAACAUUAUGAAGAAUAAAUCGGGACAUUAUAAUCAGAUUAAAGGCAAUCUCCAAGCUUUAGAACGAAAGCAAACUGGAAAUUUAGCGGUACGUAAUGUGGCAGAAUUUGCUAAAAAAGAAUAUUUCAUUCUGGAUUCAGAAUAUUUAGAAACCUUGGUUGUAGCAGUUCCCAAGAAUCGUUACAAAGAUUGGAAUUCCAAAUAUGAAACUCUCGCGUCAAUGAUUGUGCCUCGUUCUUCUCAAAAAAUUGCGGAAGACAAUGAUUAUGGUUUAUUCACCGUAACUCUAUUUAAGAGAGUAAGCGAUGAGUUUGCGAAUAAAUGCCGAGAAGAAAAAUUCGUCGUAAGAGAUUUCAAAUAUGAUGAAAAUGAUAUGGAAAAUCAACGUAAAGAAUUUGAGGAAGUUGGAGCUGUAGAAAAAGAGUUAGCUGUUGAAUUAUUAAGACUGGCCACUGCAAAUUUUGGUGAAGUAUUUUCAUCAUGGAUCCAUCUCAAAGCAUUGAGAGUUUAUGUUGAAUCUGUUUUACGUUAUGGCUUACCGCCGGAUUUCAUGUCUGCUGUUAUAAGACCAAAAUUUAAGAUGGAUAAAAAAAUAAGGGAGAUAUUAAAUAACCUAUAUGGAAAACUUGAUGGUUUAGCAUAUGGCCGUGAUGAGAAUGAAAAUAUUGAAGAAUAUCAAAACUUUAUUGAUAAGGAUUAUUAUCCUUAUGUAUAUUUCCAUCUUGAAUUUGAUAUUUAUAAACGAUAGAUGAUUAAUUUAAGAAAAUAAUUUGGAAGUUUUACUUUUUAGGCUUUUUUUUUUAUGUUACAUUUUUAUUUAUUAUUAUUUAUCUAUUUACACUAUAUAUUGAUUCC